AUGAGUCGGUCACGGGGCUCAACCUAUAAGAAUACCUAUGCUUUGGCCUGUACCUUCCAGAAGUCUCUCAUCUGCUUUCCGUCUACUACCAUCAGCAAAUCGUCAGUAUGUCCCAGUCCAAACCACUUGUGGUCAUCUUCGGCGCGACAGGAGAGACAGGUCGGGUCAUAGUCGACAGUCUCUUGGCCAGUAACGAUUUCCGCGUAGCCGCAGUCGCUCGCAACCCUUCGAAUGCAGAUGUGGUCAAGCUCUCCGAGCGCGGUGUCACUAUACACCAGGCGGAUCUCCUGAGCGUUACACAGGAGAGGCUGCAAGAGAUCCUCGUAGGCGCUGACACCGUCAUCGCGACGGUGCAUCCUUCCUGCAUCGAAGCGCAGAAGAAGAUCAUCGACGCGGCUAAGGUCGUCGGCGUAAAGCGCGUCGUCCCGGACGACUUUGGCACAGACGCGCCGAAGGGUGUGAUGCUCAUGCACGACAAGAAACUCGCCAUUCGUGAUUACCUCAAGCAAUCCGGCGUUGGCUACACCUUCGUCGAGGUAGGCUGGUGGACUCAGAACACCGUUCCGUACCCGCCAGACAUCAAUGGCAUGCACGCCGAGUUCUCGCACACCUUCGUCGGUAGUGGUGAUGUGCCCUUCGCCGUUACCGACCUCUUCCACAUUGGCGACUACGUGCGGCGCGUCAUCGCGGACGAGCGCACGCUCAACCAGACCGUCUUCAUAUGGGAGGAUGAGGUCACGCUGAACAAGACGUGGGAGGUGGCGGUGGCCAGGCUCGGCGACGCUGUCCUGCAGAAGAAGAAAGUGAUCACCGAGGAGAUGAUCACGAAGCAGUUGGAAACCGUUCGAGCUGCGGGAACCGAGCAGAUUCUGCUCCGCUAUGUGACGGAGUACUGGUACAGCAUUUUCGUCAGGGGCGACAACACCAUCGCGAAGGCGAAAGCAGCAGGUGCUCUCGAUUUCAAGGAGCUCUAUCCUGACGCGAAAACCUACGACUAUGAGUAUCUCGCCGAUAGCUUCUACAAGAAGCCGUACAUGCCGUAUGCAGGUGGUUACAAGACCGAGACGCUGAAGGACUAAGCAAUCGUUUAUUCUCCAAAUGGCAUAUUUUGUGUAUAAUGGAAACAGAAAACAUAGGUACUCAAGCCG